AUGAGACGCACAGGAGAAAUAAAGGUGGGGGGGGGCGAACGUGCACCAGGUGUCGGACACAUCGGGGGAGGGUGGGAAGAUAGAGUGAGGACACGUAGAAACAAGGGAGGCUUCGUGACUGGGCAGCUGGUGGGGGCCGUAGGGAACCCGCAUGUGAUCACAGGAGCGUCGGGAGAAGCAAUUCCCCCGAGGAGAGCCGAUAAGAGGGGUUGUGGUAAGGGCAGCCCCCCACACAGGGACAAACUGUGGCAGGACGCGAAGGAAGAGAGACAAGAUGGGGAUAAAGGUGAGAAGUUACACGCGGAGUUAGAGAGGAGUUGUGCACCGGAUAUCAUCACGGCUCGCAAAACCGCAGGUCCGCAAACCAACGAGCGAGGCGUCGAGAGUACAAAGUGCCGGGCGUAG